UAUCAUGUUGAUUUUAUCGAAUGUGGAGCGGUUUGGACUUAAGUCAUCCUUCCUUCGGGACUAGUACCUGGGUAAUUUUCGUCAGAGGGCUCGGGAGCAUACCGUUAAGUUUUGUUUCGCUUUGAAUUUUUUGUUUCAGUCAUCUGGGAGGCGUAAAACGGCGGGAUCAUGCCGGUUCGUAAAGAAGAUGCUAGUAAAGCUCUCGAGCUUUUGGAGCGUUACUAUGAGAAGUUAAACAAGCCGCAAGAUCGAGCGCUUCGCAUGGCCAUCGAGAGAGUAAUUCGGAUAUUUCAAAGUCAUCUGUUUCUAGCUCUACUUGAUAUACAAGAGUUUUACGAAACCACAUUGUUAGAUGACACCAAAACACCCGAACAAAAAGCUGAAGAAACGCAUGAAGCCUUACGAAGUUGGCAGAGUCAUCAUGCCCCUGUGGAAUCGCCUCCAAGCUAUCAGGAUUUCGAAGAGGGAGGUGUAAAUGGAGAAACAGUCCUGACUCCAGUGGUUACACAAAGUAUUGUCCAGAGUGACCAGCAAGACAGCUUUGUGGAGAAAUCAACUGCAGAGUCUUCACAUGUUGAUAGUGGAUUGGAAAAUGGCCAUGUUGACUCUGGGGAUUAUCAAUGCAUUGACAUCACUUUAGAAAGGGGGACAACAGGUCUUGGUUUUAGUAUUGGUGGAGGAAAAGAUAACCCACAUAUAGAUAAUGAUUUUGGCAUUUACAUCACAAGAAUCAUCAAAGGAGGUGCUGCUGCUCAGGAUGGGAGACUGAAUGUUGGAGAUUGUAUAGUGAAAGUAAACAAUACAUCAACAGUUAAUGUGUCUCACCAGGAAGCUGUGGAAGCCUUGAAAGCAGCUGGUGGGACUGUGACAUUGACAUUAAAGAGAGAGCAAUCUGCCAAACCAGGCUCUGAAAAUCAGCAGACUGAAGAAAUAGUAUUGACAAAAGGAACCAAGGGUCUUGGUUUUAGUAUCGCAGGGGGCAAAGGGAAUCAACAUGUACCAAAUGAUGAUGGAAUUUACAUCACCAAGAUAAUUGAUGGAGGGGCAGCACAGCAAGAUGGAAGACUACAAGUAGGAGACAAGAUAGUUAGGGUAAAUGAUACAUCCUUGGAGGAUGUAGCACAUGAAGAUGCUGUGGCCACUCUUAAGAAGACACAAAAUAAAGUUGUUAUAGUUGUGUCAAGAGUGGGCAUGAUGCAUACUACUGAUUCAGGAACCCCUCCCCCAGUUUAUCACGAAGCUGUAAAUUUAAGUCAACCACCUCCACCAUCCCCCCCACCAGAAGAAAAAGUUACAGAUAGCAUACUGCCAAUAGCGGUGCCUGUUCAAGAAAGUGCUCCACCAAAUGAACAUACUAACAGUUUGAAAAAAACACAAGCUCCCUCAGUGCCAGAGGAUGAUGGAUUUACAAGAGAGCCAAGGAAUGUCGUGUUGAACAAGGGACCCACGGGUCUGGGGUUUAACAUCGUGGGCGGUGAAGAUGGUGAAGGAAUUUUUAUCUCUUUCAUUCUUGCUGGUGGUGUGGCUGAUCUCAGUGGAGAACUGAGAAGAGGCGAUCAAAUCCUCUCGGUAAAUGAUACCCAUUUGGAGGACGCCACACACGAAAAAGCAGCCGCUGCAUUGAAGGGCGCUGGGAACACUGUGGUGAUAAUGGCUCAGUAUAAACCCGAAGAAUACAAUCAGUUUGAAGCGAAAAUUCACGAUAUUCGUGAGAAAAUGAUGAACAGUGGAAGUCCGGGAACUUUGAGGACGUCCGUGAAGCGCCAGCUAUAUGUUAGGGCUCUGUUUGACUACGACAAAACAAAGGACAGUGGUCUCCCCAGUCAGGGCCUGAGCUUCAAGUACGGCGACAUUCUUCAUGUGACCAAUGCUAGUGAUGACGAGUGGUGGCAGGCCAGACGGCUGAAUGCUCUGGGGGAGGAGGAAGGGAGAGGUGUCAUCCCCAGUAAGAGGAGAGUCGAGAGAAGAGAAAAAUCAAGAAUGAAAACAGUGAAAUUCUCAAGAAAUAGCGAGGAAAAUAAAACAAAGACUUCGUUUAAUGAAGGAACAGGAGGCCGAAAGCGAAGUUUCAAAUUUUCGAAGAAGCUACCGUUUUUUAAGAAAGAAUCCGAAAACGAGACGACAAGUGACGUAGAACCAAGCUAUACAUCAAAUGCUAGCGAUAGUGAAAGCAGUUACAGCGCACGCGCAGAGGACAACAUCCUAUCGUACGAAGCUGUGGUCCAACACGAAUUACAACACACUCGGCCCGUGAUAGUCUUGGGACCGCUUAAGGACAGAAUCAAUGAUGACCUCAUCUCAGAAUUCCCGGAUAAAUUUGGCAGCUGUGUACCCCAUACGACGCGUGAGAGGCGUGACUACGAGGUGAAUGGGCGGGAUUAUCAUUUUGUAGAGUCACGUGAGGAGAUGGAGCGAUCAAUUCAGAACCACAUGUUCAUCGAAGCCGGUCAAUACAACGAUAAUUUGUAUGGGACCAGUGUGCAGUCAGUCAAAGAAGUCGCCGAAAAGAAUAAACAUUGUAUUCUGGACGUAAGUGGUUAUGCCAUAAAGCGUCUCCAAGUUGCAACACUUUAUCCGAUCGCCAUCUUUUUGAAACCAAAAUCUGUGGACUCCAUCCGGGAACUCAACAAACGACUAACGGAGGAGCAAGCGCAGAAGACUUAUGACAGAGCCCUUAAACUAGAACAAGAGUUUGGAGAGUAUUUUACUGCGGUUGCCCAAGGUGAUACUUAUGAUGAAAUCUACACCAAAUGUAAGGAAGUUAUACGUCAGCAGUCAGGGCCUGUUAUAUGGAUCCCUUCUAAAGAAAAACUCUAAGUAGAACCGUAGUCCACACACAAGUGAGUCAGCGGAUCAACCUCCAGACAUGCGCAUCCGUUGUCCUGUGUUUCCAUGGUUAUGUAAUGACGAUUGCAAUGUGGCGUUACGAUGGUGCUUCGUUGCUUUUACGGGAAGAGAUUAAUUUGGCUGCGCCUGGGUUGAAGUGACUUUGACAGCAUAUAUAUUUUCAGUUGACUAAAAUUCAUUGCCCAGCCACGUUUUUGAUUGUCAUUGCCUUUGCUUGUAGGAGUCGGCGACGUUAUUUCGGCGGUUUUUUCGGUUAGUUAGACAUCUGAAUUUUAGAAGUAGCACUCUGCCAAAGUUAUUGCACAAUAUCGUCUUUAUUCAUAUAUUUGUCACUGACGAACACCCUUAUGUUUCUUUCGUGACUUCCUCCGUGCGCAGCUCUUAUUUGUAAUGUCACGCACACCUAUACUUCGUGAAAUAGCGUAACAAUUGUUUUCCAAGCGCAGAGAUCAAACAACGGCUCUUGAUUUAUCCAAAGACGAAAACUUUAUUAUACUGGUUUAGAAUGCUUCUCAAAUAUAAAAGUGACUUUCUGACCAGUCGCUUAAUUGAACUUUAACCACCUGUCGGAUUUGUAUAUCCUGGUGUAACUUAGAUUGCUAACUGCCAUUUGGGCUUUAUAAUUCAAUAUGUCGUAACUUUUGUUACCUUUACGCUUCGUCUUUCAAUUCGAGUUAACCUGAAUGUUACCCUCUUACCUUCUAGUGAUGGUUAGAGCGGUUUUUAAUGUAACUGUCAAUCUUAUCAAGGCAAACAAUUUAUGAAACAGUGAGAAUUCGGAUCAAAAUCGUUUGAUGACGGAGCCAAAAAUGUACAGUAAAAAAUUCGAAUUAAGGAUUCCUUUAAAAGUUUCAUUAAAAAUCGCUCUAACUUGUGCAGUAAUAAUCCUUUGUGUUAUUCAUAAAUUUAACAGAAGUAUUGUAAGAUAAAUAAAUAAUUUUAAUCUGAGUUGGAUGGUUUGUCAAGGCCGAAGAAUUGAACUGUUAGUCAGCUUACUGGGCCGUAAGACCUUGAACUGAGAAUCAUUUGGGUUAUUAAAAGAAAUAGUGUCAUACUUGA